AUGUGGGUAGAUGUUCAAGAGAAAUUCAUACAUGAGAAAAAACAUGCCAUAUCAGUAUUUGGCAAGUGUCCCAGGACCAGUUUGAAUCUCACCAUUCAUCAAUUUGUUCAUGCUGGGGAAAAGACACAUCAGUGUUCUCAGUGUGGAAAGGCCUUUACGCAACUGUCUGAUCUCAAGGAUCAUCAGAUGAUCCAUACUGUAGAAAAGCCACAUCAGUGUUCUCAAUGUGGAAAAGCCUUUACUUAUAAAUUUCAUCUCAAGACACAUCAGAUGAUCCAUACUGGAGAAAAGCCACAUCAGUGUUCUCAAUGUGGAAAAGCCUUUACUCAUAAAUGGAAUCUCAAGAGGCAUCAGAUGAUUCAUACUAGAGAAAAGCCAUUUAAAUGUUCUGAAUGUGGAAAGGUAUUUGGACAAAAGUCUAAUCUCAGAAAACACCAGAAAAUCCAUAAAGGAGAGAAAACACAUCAGUGUUCUGAAUGUGGAAAGGUAUUUGGACAAAAGUCUGCUCUCAGACAACACCAGAAAAUCCACAAAGGAGAGAAAACACAUCAGUGUUCUCAAUGUCAAAAAACCUUUGCUCAAAUAUCUAAUCUGAAGGCUCAUGAGAUGAUCCAUACUGGGGAAAAGCCACAUCAAUGUUCUCAGUGUGGAAAAAAGUUUCGUCAAAUGUAUAAUCUCAAAAAUCAUCAGAUGAUUCAUACUGGAGAAAAGCCAUAUCAGUGUACUACAUGCGAAAAGAGAUUCGCAACCAAUUCGGCUCUCAAGAUACACCAGAGAAUCCACAGAGGAGAAAAACCAUAUCAAUGCACUACAUGUGGGAAGAGUUUCAAGAGGAGAUCAGAACUCACAAACCAUCAAGUCAUACACUCGUCUGCUCUCAGAAAACACCAGAAAAUCCACAAAGGAGAGAAAACACAUCAGUGUUCUCAAUGUCAAAAAAACUUUGCUAAAAUAUCUGUCCUGAAGGUUCAUGAGAUGAUCCAUACUGGGGAAAAGCCACAUCAAUGUUCUCAGUGUGGAAAAAAGUUUAAGUCUACGCUCAAAAAUCAUCAGAUGAUUCAUACUGGAGAAAAACCACAUCAGUGUCCUCAAUGUGGAAAAACCUCUCGUACCAUGUCUGCUCUCAAGAAGCAUCAAUUGAUCCAUACUGGAGAAAAGCCAUAUCAGUGUACUACAUGUGAAAAGAGAUUCAGAACCAAUUCGUCUCUCAAGAAACAUCAGAGAAUCCACACAGGAGAAAAAACAUAUCAAUGCACUACAUGUGGGGAGAGUUUCAGUACCAGUUCGGACCUCAAUAGUCACCAGAGAAUCCACAGAGGAGAAAAAACAUAUCAAUGCACUACAUGUGGGAAGAGUUUCAAGAGGAGAUCACAACUCACCAACCAUCAAGUCAUACACUCUGAGGAAAAGCCACAUCGGUGUUAUCAAUGUGGAAUGGCUUUUUGUUUAAAAAGUCUACUUAGAAGACACCAAAUGAAACAUUUUGUAGAAAAGUCAUAUUAG